AUGGCCCUGCCCAGCUGCUGGCAGGGGGGUUGUGCAGGGACUGGUGGCAUUCUGGCCUCUGUGGGACCAGUCACCUCUGAGCAGAUCGAGCACCUGCACCGGAGGUUCAAGCAGCUGAGCCGGGACCAGCUGACGAUCCGCAAAGAGAACUUUGACAGCAUCCCUGACCUGGAGUUCAAUCCAAUUAGGGGGAAAAUCGUCCAUGCCUUUUUUGACAAGAGGAACCUGCGGCAGGAGUCAGACGGGCUGGCGGACGAGAUCAACUUCGAAGACUUCCUGACCAUCAUGUCCUACUUCAGACCCAUCGAGAUGAACAUGGACGAGGAGCAGCUCGAUCGUUUCCGGAAAGAGAAGCUCAAAUUCCUUUUCCACAUGUACGACUCGGACCACGAUGGGAAGAUCACAGUGCAGGAGUACAGAAAUGUGGUGGAGGAACUGCUGUCAGGGAACCCCCACCUGGAGAAGGAGUCGGCGAGGUCCAUCGCCGACGGGGCCAUGAUGGAGGCUGCCAGCAUCUGUGUGGGACAAAUGGGGCCGGACCAGGUGUAUGAGGGCAUCACCUUUGAAGACUUCCUUAAGAUGUGGCAGGGGAUCGACAUCGAAACCAAGAUGCACGUUCGCUUCCUCAACAUGGAGACCAUUGCAAACUGCUACUGA